AUGCCUGCUGUGAAUAUCCUCAAGUUUGGCGUGGGUUCGCCAUCAGACGUCACACCCGUCGAUGAGCUGCGCAAAGCUGGCUAUGAUCCAUCUCAAGUCAUUGGGCUGAUUGGCAAAUCUGAAGGCAAUGGCUGCGUAAACGACUUCUCGCGGGCGCUAAGCGCCAUGGUCUGGGAGCCACUACUACCCAGAGACGCCGUGACGGUCUUUUCGGGCGGGACCGAGGGGGUCCUGAGCCCACACGUGACGUUUCUCGUCAGGGAGCACGACGGCCGCAACACGGGCAUGCUGGAGCCGCACGAGGUCGGCACCGUCGAGCAGGCGCGCGAGGUGUCACGGACCGUGUCGAAGCUGGUGGACGAGCUCGAGUCGUCUAGCAACGCCGUCCACCUCGUCAUUGUCAAGGGCCCGCUGCUCACGGAUGCCAAGAUCCAGGCGAUUCGCGACAGUGGUGGUACGCCGCCCACGUCUGAUGUUCACCAGUCCCUCGGCAUGUCGAGAUAUGCGAGCGCAGUAGGUGUUGCCGUGGCGCUGGGAGAGGUGGCCGAGGAAGAGGCCGAAAGUGCCAUCAAAUCGGGAGCGGCAUGGAGUGCAGCGGCAUCGUGCACAUCAGGCGCGGAGCUGGAGGAUUGCCAUAUUCUGGUCUUGGCGUCGGCUCCCGAACCCGGCAGACUCCGAGCCAUCUCGACAUUCAUGGAAGAUGCCAUUGACGGCAGAGCCGUAGUAGAGGCGCUGGGAGAAGUCAACCGCGACGGUGGUCACGUCUUGCAGGUCUUUGCCAAGGCCGAGGCUGAUCCACGGGGCGAGAUUAGAGGCAAAAGACAUACGAUGAAUACGGAUAGCGACAUACAAAGCACUCGUCACGCGCGAGCGGCAGUCGGAGGCUUGAUUGCAGGGUUGGUUGGUGAUACACAGAUGUAUUCAAUGUGGGGAAUGUUCGCUUGA